AUGAGGCCUUGGGGCCCUCUGGGGCUGCAGCGAGGGUUAUCUCCCCAGGGGGCCCUUAGCUGGGGAGCGCGAGCGCCCCCGUCGGGAGCAGCAGAGAUCUGUGCUGCUUUUACCCGCAGCUCAAGGCUAGCUGGAGACUUCGCAGAAUCUCUGGGACUUGUUAGGCUUCCGGCGGUGCUGCAGCGGCGGGCUGCUGCUGCUGCCCCGCGGCCACCGGGUGUAUGUACAGCUGGGGGUGUCUGUCUGGCCCCGCCACUGCCCGCUCCUCUCGCGCCCAAGACAGGCUCUCUUCUGUCUCAGCAGCAGCAGAUAAAAUGCGCAGGCAGCUGCGGCGAGGAGACAGGCCCCAGCAGCUCCCGGCACGGAGAAACAGCAGCAGCAGCAGCAGCAGCAGCAGCAGCAGCGCCGGCAGCAGCAGCAGCAGUAAACGCAGCAGCAGCCCCCGCAGCACGCUCUGAGCUCAGCAGCACAUUCAAGGCCCCUCGGAAUGUCCCGGGAGCCUUUCUAAACAGCAGCGCGCAAGAGCCCACAGCAGCAGCGGGCUGGCCGCUGCUGCUGCUGCUGCUGCUGCUAUUUGUGCAGCUUUCUACCUGCGCCGCAGCUGCUGCUGCGGACACAGGCAGCAGCAGCAGCUUAGACUGCCCCCCGUCCCUUUUUGUUUCUUUUUUAUUUGCUGCGGGGCCAGUACGCCCGCAGGGGGACACGCAUUGGAAGCAGCGCCGCCAUCGCAGCAGCAGCAGCAGCAGCAGCAGCAGCAGCAGCGGCUCUGCGCAGCAGCAGCAGCCACGUCAGCAGCUGCUUAGAGACUUCACAGUGACAAUGUCGCAGCAGCUGCGCCAGCAGAGAUACGUGCGCGCAGUAGAGCACGUGCAGCAGCCCGCAUCAGCAGCAGCAGCAGCGCUCUGCAGCAGCAGCAGCAGCAGCAGCAGCAGCAGCACGGAGUCGCGGAAGCAACGGCAGUAG